UUCCAUGGCUCAGAGGCGGUGCCGCCUGGUGGAUUCUGGGACCAGCAACAGGCCUGUGUGGGUCAGUGAAGUGGGUGAAGGUCCGAAGCUAGGUGGGGGCCAGGUCAGAGGGUCCACAGGCCACGUUACGGGCCAUGUUACGUUAUGGGUUGGAUCCCAAGCAUGGGAGAAAGCCAGCGGGUGGUUUGAGGCAGAGAAGGAACACGAUCAGGUUUGUGUUGACAAGGUCACUCUGGCUGCCUCGUGAGCACUGGGGGACAGGCUAGUGAGAGAGGGGGACGUCGGGACCGGUUGGCCCCAGCCAGAGGCAAGGGGGUCCCUACGAGGGCGGGGGACACAGGGGGAAGUGUAGGGACUUAGGAUUCGCUUUGGCGUCAGGGGCAAACACUAUUUCACAGGAAGCUUCUAGGUCCCCCGACCAGCUCACGCUGUUCCUUUGGCCUGGAAUGCCGUCCUGCCCCCUAAGGACACUUACUCACCUUCAGCCCCAGCUGACACAUCAUCUGCUCUGCCCGGCCCUCCCAGCCCCACCCUCCUCCCCACAGAAACCCCCGCUCCCUCAGCUCCCGCGACGCCUCCCGUGCACUGAGCGCUCGAGGGUAGUCAUCUGUCCACCCGGCCGUCUGUCUCCCUGCAUGAUGAGCUCCGAGGAGCUCACUGUCUCCUUGCAGAGACCAUAGGGAGACACUCGGAAGCGCGAACACAGACCGGCAGGGCCGUGACUCAGGGCUAAAAUUAGGGGUGGAGGUGGCUUGGGGGCCGUGGGCUGGGGGACCUCCCCUCACAUCCGCUGUGCCAGCCUCCUGCUGGUACCCAAGAUGCUGGGCAAAGAGGGCAGGCUCUUUGUGCUGGGGUACGCCUUGGCUGCCAUCUAUGAGGGACCCGCGGCCAAUCUGCGGCACAACCUCAACGAGGUGGUGGCCUCGCUGGGCUGCACGGUGGAGCUGCAGAUCAACAACACGAGAGCGGCCUGGCGCGUCUCCACCGCCCCACUGCGCGCGGUGUUCAAGGGCCUGCUGGGCAGCAAAGUUUCACUGAAAGCCGAGACACAGAACCUCUCCAAGGCCUUCGAGGACCUGGAUGCCCAGGUGAACAGCGAGAUGGGCUACAGCCCCGAGGAUGCCGAGAGCCCAGAGAGGACGGCCCGAGGCGUGGGGACCCACCGAGCCCCGCCUUCCGGGCGCCAUCUCUCCACACAGAAGAUGUACGAGCUGAAAACCAGGCUGCGCUGUUCCUACGUGGUGGACCGGGCCAUGCUCAGCUGCCGCCACUGGUUCGACCGAAAGCACGAGCGGUGCAUGGAGCGCGUCCGGGUCCCGCUGCUCAACCACCUGCUCUGCCUGCCCAUGAAGUUCAAGUUCUUCUGCAGUAUCGCCAGGGCGAUGGAAGUUUGGUGCCGCAGUCGCAUCCCAGUGGAGGGCAACUUCGGGCAGACCUAUGAUUCCCUCAACCAGUCUGUCCGCGACCUGGACGGGGAAUUUUCAGCCACCAUCGACCUCAAGGAAGAGAAGCAGGUGGCGGUGCUGGGCCUCAACACGAGCUGGGAGCACGUGAGCGCCGAGCUGCGGGACCUCGUCCGCCGCCAGGAGGCCCAGCUGGGGUGGACCCUGGGGCUGCUGCGUGUGCUGCUGUCCUGCACCUUCCUGCUCGUCCUGCACGCGUCCUUCUCCUACGUGGACAGCUAUAACGGGGACAUCCGCUUUGACAACGUCUACAUCAGCACCUACUUUUGCCAGAUCGACGAACGCAGGAAGAAGUUGGGCAAGCGGACUUUGCUGCCGCUCCGCAGAGCCGAGGACAGAACCGUCAUCUUCCCCUGCAGUCCCUUCGUGCAGGCCUCGGAGACGAGAGACGUGGUGCGGGAGCUCGCAGAGACCCUGCCCGUCCUGCUGCUGCUGCUGGUGCUGUGCGGCCUGGACCGGGCUCUCUACUCCGUCUUCAACACCGUCCGCCAUCACUCCUUCCUGCAGUACUCUUUCCGCAGCAGCCAUAAAUUGGAGGUGAAAGUCGGGGGGGACUCCAUGCUGGCCCGGCUUCUUCGGAAAACCAUUGGAGCCCUGAACACGUCCUCAGAGACCACGGUGGACUCCAGCAACAUGCGCUGCCUGCCGCAGCCCGUGAGCCUGAACCCCAGGGCCUACGUGAGGGCCGUGCUCCCCGUGGGCCUGCUGCUGUGUCUGUGCCUUCUGCAAGCCUUCGGCUACCGGCUCCGGAGAGUCAUCGCGGCCUUCUACUUCCCCAAGCGAGAGAAGAAGCGGGUCCUGUUCCUCUACAAUGACCUGCUGAGGAAGAGGGCGGCCUUUACGAAGCUGAGAAGGGCUGCCAUCGUGAGCCGGGCGCAGCGGCAGAGGGCCCCCCGCCACCACCUGGCCGACGUCCUGCACCGCCGCUGCCCGCUCCUGCGCCGCUGGCUGCGCCGGCGCUGCGUGGUGUGCCAGGCUCCCGAGACGCCCGAGGCCUACGUGUGCCCGACGCCGGACUGCGCGGCCGUGUACUGCCGGUCGUGCUGGGACGACAUGCGGCGGCGGUGCCCGGCCUGCACCCCGCGCGAGGAACUCUCUUCCUCCGCCUACAGCGACAGCAACGACGACGCCACCUACGCCGAGUGACGGGGCGCCUGUCGCUGUCCCCCCUCCCCAACCCGCUCCUCCGCGUUUAAUAAAAGCCCCUGCACUCCCGA